UUUCUUCCACUUUUCAUCCCCAUCCUCGCCAUCACUUUCCUCUUCAACUUGCAUCAAACUUCGCUUUCUAUCAUCUAUACGGUCAGGCGACUUAAUCCAACAUGCCGGAUCUUCGUCGGCAAGUGUUUGAGAGCGGCAAGACCAUCUCGCGCAAGGCGGCGUCCCGCGAAGGAUCGCGACGGCCGUCGCGCAACCCCUCCGCUCAGGCUUCCCAACAAUCAUCGCGUAACACCAGCAGACAACCAUCAGACGAUGAAGAUGGGGGCUAUCUCAGCGAUGACACGGCUUUGAGUAUCGGCUCUCUCGAUGACUUGGCCGACCUCCCCGAACAUGAUAAUACGAAUUGGGCCGAGGAGUUGGCAGACGUCAUCCAAGAUAUCCUCGAGCGGAAACGAAGUAGUAUCUUGAGUCGCGAAGAGUCAUACGCGGCCUUUUGCCGUCUGGCAAAAUGUCAUUUCAUUGACGACCAUCUCCGGAACCGUGUGGUCGAUCUCCUCGCUGCCUUCUGCAAGAGCGUCAAGUUUGAGUCGAGUGUUCGGGAGACAAUAUUAGGCCUCCGUGCGCUCGAGCUGCUCACUGUAACAACGCAAGACGAUAAGAUCUACGAGAAUGUCGAACCGCUGCUGACCCGAACGAUUCGUGACUCGACGUCCGUGACCGCCAAGACCGCCGCGAUCCACUGUCUCGGCACGUGUGCGAUCUUCGGAGGGGCGGGCGCGGACGGUUUCCUCGACCAGAUGACGUUCUUCUUGGAUAUCGUCGCCUCGGACGGACAGUCCAUCGGCGCCGAUGAUGACCCAGGCGCCGUCACCGCCGCCCUACAGGAGUGGGGCUCGCUGGCAGUCGAGAUCGACGACCUCGAAGGCGAGAGCGAAGAUGCCGUCCAGAUCUUCAUGGACCAGUUAGACAGCGGCGAGUCGAGCGUGCAGAUUGCAGCGGGCGAAAACAUCGCGCUCCUGUACGAAAAGAGCUACUCGCCGGAGGAGGACGAGGACGAGGACGAGGAAUCCGAGCCAGAAGACGAAGACGAGUCCUUCAUGGCGGCACCCAGCGCACGAGCGGGGCCCAAGCUGAUCAAGCGCUACAACGCCUACCACAACACCCACGAGCUCGCCAGCCAGCUGCAGUCCCUGGCCACCGUACACAGCAAGCACAUCAGCAAGAAGGACAAGAAGAGCCUACACAGCAACUUCGCCUCCAUCCUAAACACCAUUGAGAACCCGCGACACGGGCCGACCUACAACACCGCCAUCAACCAGGACACCAACCGCCACUACGGCAGCAAGAUGACCGUCAAGAUCGGCCGGCAGGGCGUGAUGAACAUCGACCGCUGGUGGAAGUGGAUCCGUCUGCACUCCCUGCGCCGGGUGCUGCAGGGCGGCUUCACCGUCCAUUACUACGAAGGGAAUCGGGCCGUACUGGACAGCCUGCCGGUGAUCGUGCGCCAGGACACCCCGAGCGAUCGGGGGUCUGCCAAGCGAACCGCCCGGGCGCGGAACACCCGACGCUGGGCCGUCCACGACGCGGAUUCGGAUUGAACGGUCUGGUUUUUUCAAUCCUCGUCUUCUUUUGAAAGGAAA